AUGCUUCCAACUCCCUCCCUUUCCCAGACAACCCCGCCUCCCUCCAUCCCCCUCGACUCGGCACCUCACGUCCACGCUUGGCUCGAUAGCCUCUUUCCUCCAUUCAACCCUGCAAGCAGCAAGAAGGCUGAGAGUAAGAAAAGAGCUGGUCGAGUGUACACUUCACCACCGAGCACGAAGCGACUGCGUCGAAGCUCAAGAUUGGCUGCCACCGGCCUAGAGCCAUCGCAGGCGCUAAAGAACGAUACUGCUCAAGACACGGACCAUUUCAAGCUCAAAUCGACCGCUUCCUACAGACACCGACAUAAUCCAACGUCAUAUGAGCCUCAAAAGCAGCCUGCCGCUCGGAAGACAGAUUUUCAGACCACCUCAUCUCAGGUGACUGACGUACCCCACUACAUCUCACAACCACACCCACAUACCUCUACAAGCUUGCGACGAAGUGCAAGGCAUCUUCACCCAUCUCACGAGGGGCAUUCCGAUCGCACACUGACCUCACCGCGAGGACCAGUAGUCAGGAGAAGAAAGCGAUUCGCGCAAACGCCAGCUCUCGGAAGUAAGGUUUUUGUCAACAUGUCCGAUUUCGUCGCUCCCUUGAACCAGAAUGCUGCGGUACCAGCAACGCCACCACGCUCCACGGCCCCGACCCUCUCAUCGCUGCAACCUGCGCGCACAGAUACUAAAACGGUCUCAAAGAGUGUCACAAAAGUAAGACUGAGGUUGCGAGGACAUCGGUUGUUCAUCGGGGAGGAGGUGCUAGAGAAAAACCAUCCCGAAGAGCGCAAGAAAAUCAUGGAUACAUUGACGUCAGAUGCGGGAACGGGCCUGGGGGAAGAGUCUGCAAGAGCAUUGAAAAAUGCAUUGAAGAAGCACGAUAUCGACAAUGAAGCCACAUUCCUUGAUUCUGUCCUGCCUCUAAUGGCUCCCCGGACCGAAUUGAAUCCAAUGCACGAAUACGUGGAAUUGAAGCUUGCAGCGGCACAGAAAUCUGUGCAGGUGCCAGUGGGAUUUGUUGCAGAUAAUAUCGUGUGUGACUCAAAGGAGUACGAGGAUGACGGCAUCAAGGGAGCCACCAAUGCCCGGUUUGAGGAUGGCUUCCUUCCUCAUCUGUAUGCAGAUCCAAUACUCGCCCAGGAGAUGAGGAAGCUUGAUGGCAUGACCAACGCCAUCCCCGAUCGAAUCCUUGGAUAUGACAACGCCCUUUUCGAGCUACCUGAUGAAUUGAGCUCCCAAGAGGAGUAUGCGGACAGCCUACUCGCCGUGAGCAAAAUGAUGCGGUUCAUCUUCUUCCUUUGCGAGGGGAAGAAUAAUAACGGGGGCCAAAAGGGCAGCAGAGCAUCAGGCGUGCAGAGGCGGCGCUUCUGUGGUUUCUGCCUUCAGGGAUUAUCUUGA